AGUUAUAGUUAUAAUAAUAAAGUUGACCAGUGAUGGCAUCAAUUGAUACUCAAAGUGACCAUAAAUUAGAGGAUGUCGUCGAUAGUCAGCCAAAGAGUGGAGAAAAUCUCAAAAAGUUGUCGUCGGAUGAAGAGUUGGCCCGAUUAGGGCUCAGACCUAACUCAUCAUAUGGUGAUCCCUGCGAUUGUCUUUGUUGUUCAUUCAUGAUUAAUAUCUGUUGUCUGCCGACUGUAGGCGGGCCUCCAGUGCUACCAAACAAAUGGUCCGACCGUAAAGGCGGCAAAUAUAAUAGGGAUCACAAUAACUAUCAUGAYUUUCAUGACCAUCACAACGAUGAACAUAACGACGACAAUACUUUUGAAUGGUUGGACAAUUUGGCCACUAAUGUAAUAGGAAGUAAUGAUAGUGGACACGGAGGUCAUUAUGGACAUAGCGAUUGUGGAUAUACAGAUGGAGGUGAUGGCGGAGGAGGGGAUUGUGGAGGAGGUGGUGGUGGAGAUGGAGGAGGUGGCGAUUGAUUGACAUAUUUAUGUUUUUUACUUUAAAUUUGUAUUUUA